GAACGGAAGCGCCGGUGGGGUGUGAGGCGGGAGUGCGCGGCCAUGGGGGCCCGCGGGCUGGAAGCGGCGGUGGAGCUGGCGCCGGGGGAGGCCCGCGAGAGCGGUACAGAGAGAGGGCAUGCAGAUGGUCAGCCUGUGGUGAUCCUUCUAGGGUGGGCGGGCUGCCAGGACAAACACCUGGCCAAAUACAGCACAAUCUACAGUCAGAAGGGGUGCACCGUCAUCCGCUACACGGCCCCAUGGAGGAUGAUAUUCUUCUCUGAGACCUUUGGCAUCAGGUCCCUCCAGACCCCAGCCAGGCGACUCCUGGAGCUGCUCUUUGACUACACUGUUGAAAACAGACCAGUUCUUUUUCACGUUUUUAGCAAUGGUGGUGUCAUGCUGUACCGUUACAUCAUUGAGAUGCUCCACACUCACAAGCUGUUUAAGAACCUCAAAGUAGCAGGCACCAUUUUUGAUAGUGCCCCUGGCAGAAGAAACUUGAAAGGAGGCCUUCGUGCCUUGGCGACUGUCUUGGUAUCCAUGAAUGUGCUGCUCAAGUAUUUCCUUUUAUUAGCUUUUGCUACUACGGCUGUUGUGCUGCGGAUCUUGCUGUACCCAUUGACCCGCUUCAUCCAUGAGAGCCAUUAUGAUGCCCUGCUGAAAGCACCCUCGCGGUGGCCUGAGCUUUACCUCUAUUCCCAAGCCGAUGCCAUCAUCAAGGCCAGUGAAGUUAAGCACAUGGCUGAUGCCCGGCAGCAGCUCGGUGUCUCUGUGAAAGCUGUAGACUUCUCGGAUUCGGCUCAUGUCAGCCAUAUGCGGGCAUAUCCCACCUAUUACAGCAACCUCUGCACAACAUUCCUGUCUGACUGUGUCAGGGGCUCACCUUGUUAGUGGUGUAAUGACCUCCAAUGUUUGCCUCUGCUUUGCUCAGCUUGUAUGGGAGAUGUUACCCCCUUUGCCUUUGUGUCUUUGAAUGGAGGAAAGUAGAGGCUUCUUAGUUUUGUUUUUUGUUUUUUGGGGUUUUUUUGCCCACCAUCUACAAGUCUGAAAGCCUCCAGGCUGGCCUUUGGGACAGCCACAUUAUAGCAGAAAGUAAAUAUGGAUUAAUUUAAAGUACUGAAGGUGAAAUCCUAGCAUGGUUGAAUUUGAUAUGCUUUACCAAGGUGUCACAGAUCAGAAUUUUACAUGGAGUGUUAUUUGUUUCUUCCUGUCUCCUAUUGUUCUCUGCUUUCCAUGUUGUCUCCUUGUCCCUGAUGUCCAAUGUUCUGUUGCCUUGUACUGAUUUUACAAUACAGCUCUUCCAUGUCUUUGUUGUUUUUUUUCCUCUCUGCCAUUUCUUUUAUCUUGCACUGAGCAAACAGAAGCAGCUCUGCAGGACUUUUCUUUUCUCUCAGUGCAUCCCAGCUCUUGCUAUACUCCUUACCUGGAGAUCAGGCUCAGAAACCAAGUGUAAGACCUGGAAAAAGGUAUGGGCAGGGCAGUAUGACCAGACUCUCAUCUGGUUCCGUUAAAUAGCUGAGGUAGAGCAGUCAAAGCUGUGAUCCUUGGUGGGAGCUCAAAUGUGCGUGAUUGAUUGAUAGCUUUUGUGUUCUUCAACCAAAAGAUUUAAGUUAACCUUUUUGAAUGUGUCUUGUGUUUUGUUUCUCUUCCUUCCAGUCUUUUGUGUGUUCUCCUGAGUAGUUUUGCUUUCUUGGAGAACUGCUCAUUUAUUAUUGUGUGUCUGAGCAGCCUAUAUUGUGCAUCUGGAAAUGCAGGGAAACUGGCACAGCUGUAACCCAAAAGACCUCAGAAAUAGAAAGGUGGAACUGCAGAGAAAAAUGAAACUGUCUCUUGGAGCUAUGAUUUAUACUGGGUGUUUCUUAAAUCACUUCCAGCCCACAAAUGACCAUGAGAUUCGAUGUUUUUUUCCCCAUAAUGUUCUCUUCAGAUGAUCAGUCUUUGCUGUCUGUGCAGCAUGUACUAGUAAUAGAAGAAAUUAAUUCCUUCCACCUAGUAAAAAAGUAGCUGAUUGCACUGCACUUCA